GAGUGCGAGUCAGGUAUCCAUCCCGCACUAUAUAACCCUGUGAUCUGCGAGGAGAGCAGCAAGACAAGGCAGCAACUGGAGAGACUACAUCACGAGACAACUGUCAAAAAGAAAUCCUACCAUGGUAUUUGUCCUUCUCCUCAGAUGGCCAACAUGAGAUCUUGGAUGAUGCUUGCAGCGCUCGCCGUCUGCCUACUGGUGUGUUUGAGCAGCUUUGCGGACGCCUACCCUCCCAAACCGGAGAGCCCGGGGAGCAACGCCUCGCCGGAGGACUGGGCCAAAUACCACGCAGCUAUCAGGCAUUAUGUCAACCUCAUCACCAGGCAGAGGUAUGGGAAGAGGUCGACCCCUGAGCAGGCAGUGGAGUGGCUGCUGUUUGGGGCUGAUUCGAACCAAGACACUGAACCACGCUCGGACUACAGCGAUCAGUAGGAAAUGAGCCCAACGUCAACCCUUAGGCCUACUCACAUCUCCCCCAAUUCUCAUCCCCAAUCAGAAAACUAAAAUUCUCAACCUGCACUGGACUUUGUGUCUCUCAUAUUUAAUUGUUUAAUGUGCAUGCAAAUCUCUCUCUCUCGCUGUUUGUCUUCCUCUCUCACUAUUUGUUCUUUGGCAAAAAUGUAAAUAAUUUGU